UAUUAUUUGGGCUAUCUCUUCCAGCCCUUUAGCACGAUGAAUUUUGGGGAUGGGAUGUUUUGAAUUUUGCCCUAGCCGCAAUUUUACGGGAAAGAGGGACGGUUCAGGGAAAAGAGAGCAAUUCUAAGCGUUCUUAUACAAGGAUUCUCAGUUUUUUGUUUCCUCAUUCAGAUUUAAGGCGCCACCGCCAAUGGGGGCCACCACCAACCUCAUCCGCCUCUGCCGCCCCAAAUUCUAUUCCUUUCACCAGCCUUGCCGAAUUCCCUACCGCUUCUUCUCCUCAUCUUCCAAACCCGCCCCCAAUGCCAACACAUCCCGACCCGAUUCGGAAUCCGAAUCGAAAUCGGAAACCCAAUCUAAAUCCCCAUUCUCCUCAUAUUUCAGCGAUGUGAAAGCCAGUCUACAAAGAGAAUCCUCAGAUCAGAAUCGAGCACAAAUCCCUCGCAAAACGCUGUCGUUUUCAAGUUCUACUCCUCAAACACCACCUCCUAAAAUCGAUUCAUUGGAAGAAAUCCGUAAAAACCUCUCCGAGUUUCGCCGCCGCGCUGCCGCACUGCCUCCAUCAUCGUCCGCUGCUUCGCCGUCUUCGCAUUCCGGUCAGCCCAUAUCAUUCCAAGAACUCUAUAAAAGAAAUGUCCUUCCAAAAGCUGAAGAAUCUGGUUCCUUUUCUUCAGAUUCGACUGCGAAACCUUCGGGAGCUGCCGCAGCUGGUGGGAAACUCUCAUUUGCUGCAAUUCGCGAGGGCAUCCAUCAGCUCCGGUCCACUUCCCCAAAUAGACAAACUGAUUCUGGUGGGAAGGCCGUUGAUUCAAUGUCACUUUCGAGGUUUAAGGACAGCUUGAAGUUGAAACCUGUUGGUCCAAAUGCGCAGGAACCCCAAACGAUGAUUGGUGGCAGCGAUAGUUUGCCUGCCUCGAUAUUUGGGAAGGAGAAAAGGGAUGGUGAUGUAGCCGGCCCUGCAAUGAGGACUGAAUUUGUCAAGACGUACAGUUAUAAUGAGUUGGGGGAAAAGUUGAAGAUGUUGAGGCCCGAGAAGAAGAAGGGAAACUGGUUCUCACUGCAGGAGCUGAAUGAGAGGCUGUUGAAGCUGAGAGAGAUUGAAGAGAAAGAGAGCGAGACAAGAAUUGGGGGUUUCGAUUUCAUGGACUUGAGAGAUAGUCUUGUGCGGUUGAAGAUGUCAGGUGAUGAGAAAACGAGAAAGAACACGAUGCAGAGACUUAACAUUUUGGGUCAGCUAGGAGGAACCCCAAGCUUCAUGCUGUCACCUCCAAAGGACCACUUAGUUGAGAAGUAUUUUCAUCCUGAUAACAUGUCAUCUGCUGAGAAACUAGCUCUGGAACUUAAAAAAGUCAGAGAUGAAUUUAAAAUGUCAGAGUCAGAUUGUGGUUCUGCUCGUGUUCAAGUGGCACAACUCACAACAAAGAUUAAACAUCUGGAUAGUGUUCUGCAUAAAAAGGAUAAGCAUUCUCGGAGGGGCCUUGAGCUAAUGGUCGAGAGGAGGAAGAAAUUGGUGAGGUAUCUCAGACGGACGGACUUUGAUUCUUACUGCCUCAUUUUAUCUAAACUUGGUAUUCGGGACCAGACUGAGCCUAAACUGUACAAGUAUCUCGUACCGAGGGAGAGGCUUAAUACUGCUCGCAAAAAGAAGAAAAAUAAAGGGGGAAAAGGAAGACUAAAGAUUUAAGAAAUUAAUAACCAAGGCAUUCUUUCUAAACUUGGUCGAUCCUCAUCAUUUCGCGUAAAAGUCAGGCAAGUGCAUUUCAUUUGCUGUGUUGGGAAAUUAGUUUUCAUUUGAGUAGAAGUUCAAUAUUAGUAAUCUUUUUGGAGGGAUAAUUGUUUCUGUCCCUUCACAAUCUAAAAUAUUUGGUGAUUUUUCCCUUUGACAUCCAUAUCCGGAUUUACUUGGACUAAAGAGCAGGAAAGAGAUGGGUGGUUAACGUUGUUGGGCUUUCUAGAAAAUAAUGUAAAUUUCAUCUUUCUGCUGUCAUAAAUUAUGUUACUAUUCAGGACUUGGUUUAGUGAAAUGAACAAAAAUGGUACAACGUACUCUGCUAAUGUUCUUA